GGACCAGUCAAGAAGUGGAGGGGAGUGGAGCUGUGGAGCCGGUAGAGUGGUGCAGUCAGUCACAAGCUAGUGUCAGUGAAGUGAUGAGUGUGUAGUGAAGUUACAGCAUCAACAUCAGGGCCGAUUAACAGGAUGAAGGAGGACGUUGGUAUGUGUGGCCUGGGACCAUGGCGCCCCCUGUGGCUCCAGAGAUUCAACUCCACCAAGGGGUUCCUGGUGGUAUAUGGCCUACUAGGCACCAUCCAGGCUAUGUCCUACAUUUACUUCAUAGCCACCCUCACCACACUGGAGAAGAGAUUCAAGAUUGACAGCAGGACUACAGGUCUCAUGAUGAGUGGUAACGAGAUCAGUCAAGUGCUACUCUCUCUCGUGUUAUCCUACUAUGGAGGCCAACGUAACCGCCCUCUGUGGAUUGCCUGGGGAGUAGCCUUCUCAGCAGCCUCCUGUUUCAUCCUGGCAAUGCCCCACUUCCUGUAUGGUCCAGGCGAAGCGGCCCUGGCUCUUACCAAGGAGUACACUCACGCCUUCAACUCUUCUGUCAUAUCUAAGGAGCAGACUGCCCUGUGUCUCCGUGGGGAAGAGACCAGCUCCAAGUGUGAACAAGGAGGCGGCGAGUUCACUCACAUCCCUGCACUCCUUGUGUUCCUCUCACAGUUUGUCUUGGGGAUAGGCACCACUCUCUACUAUGCUCUGGGCCAGACAUACAUGGAUGACAACACCAAGAAGUCAAAAACUCCUCUUUUACUCAGUUUGACACUGUCUUUGAGAACAAUUGGACCAGCCAUAGGCUUCAUUGUCGGCUACGGGUGUCUGCGACUCUACAUCGCUCCCACCCUCACACCCAUGAUCACAAACAAAGACCCUAGAUGGUUAGGAGCUUGGUGGCUAGGUUGGCUUAUACUAGGCACAGCAAUGUUACUGUUUGCGUUGCUGAUGGCCAUGUUUCCCAAGAAGCUGCCUUCUAACAAGAACAAGAUCAGCGCAGCGAAGAAUGGUGAUAUCUUAACCCUUAGAGACUGUAAAACAGACAGAAAAGCCUUUGGAGUUCACAAAUGGAAUAAGUUCCCCUCAGCGUUGUCUCGACUACUGAAGAAUAAGCUGCUGAUGGCCAACAUCCUUUCUGGUGUCUUCUACAUCCUCGGGGGCUCAGCUUACAUUACUUACAUCACGAAAUACCUGGAGAUACAAUUCCAUCAGACAGCAGCAGGCGCCAGCGUCAUCAUUGGUCCAACUGCCAUUCUAUCAAUGACUUCUGGUUUCCUGAUCUCUGGAGCUGUGAUAUCCAAGUUCAAGCCUAGACCAUUGUAUCUCCUCAGCUGGAAUGUGAUAGUGGGCAUCUCAUUCAUAAUCGGAGAGAUCUCCUUCAUCUUCUUGAGCUGUGAGGACAGCAACAUGGUCGGCUUUAGAAGGGGAGAUCAGGGGUUGAACGUCAUAGACGAGUGUAAUAGAGACUGCGGUUGUGGCAGCCUCAACUUUAACCCUGUGUGCCUGGAAUCAGCAGAACUCACGUUUUACACAGCUUGUCAUGCAGGAUGUCAACAGGGUGAUUAUACCAACACACCCAUAACAUACACAAACUGUUCUUGUAUACCAGAAGAUAUUGCUGCAAUCGCAUUCACCAAGUCGGGGCUUAAGAAGGAUGAACUGGUCCUAAGGACAGGAGCUUGUCGCACCAACUGCUUCUACAACUUUAUCGUCUUCAUGGCGAUCACCAUGAUAAUGCACACACUCGGGUGCUCUGGCAAGAUCGGCAAUGUCCUUGUCAACUAUAGGGCUGUGGACAGAGUGGACAAGUCUUUCGCUCAGGGCCUGGGGCUACUAAUGGUCAGCCUAUUUGCAUUUAUACCUGGACCAAUACUGUUUGGUGCAAUGAUAGACUCAACGUGCUUGGUGUGGGACGAGACUUGUGGUAGAAGGGGAAAUUGCUGGCUUUACAACAAGGACAACCUGAGAUUAAUACUCAAUGUCACAGCAGCAUGUUUGACAUUGAUAGGAGUACUGUUUGACGCACUUGUCUGCUACUUGGGGAAGGAUCUGACCCUGUACGAGGACGACGAUGAUGAAGACUCUAACAAAAACUCAGUGAACCCUUCGACCAAUGGAAAGAGCGACAUGAGGCCGAUGCCAGAGAAAACAGAGAAGUCUGAGACGUGAUAUAUUACUUGUUAGAGAUAUGUGAUAUGCCUAGAUAGUCAUGGUUGUAAACAUGAAUCUUCUGUACCUGGAUUUAAGUUUGAGCGUUGAAGAACCUUUUAUAACAAAUGUUAGUUUCUCUUAACAAAACCGUUUACUACUGGUUGUUAACACAUUUAAAAAAUACAAUUAUUCCUCAUUAUGUUUGUAACAAAAUUCAGUAUUCAAAAUUUUAUGUGAGUUUUUAAAAUAACUUUUUUUUUAAUAGUGGAUGAUUGACUGAGAUAAUCUUGAAAACCAUUGCUUUCAUUAUCCUCUUUAAUAUAAAACUAAUAUCCAACUAUAAUCUAAACCACUCUAUAAUAUUGAAAUUAACUUACUUUAGUACUAAAAUCCUACACACAAAUAUAUUUGUAUUUUAAAUUUAAUUGUUGUCAGCUGGAUAGUAGACUCAACAAAGCCAAUAGCCACUACCCUAUUAGACUAAUGAACAGAUUAUAACACCCAUUUUAGACAACUGUAGAUAUUCUUUACUACAUAAAAAUAAGUUCCCAGCAACUCUGUAAUAUGUAAGCCCUAAGUUUUUGACAGAUUUGUAUGUGAUUUUUAGUGCAGACCAAUGAUAUUAGUACUUAAAUUGUAAGUGAUGAUGUGUACAUAUAUGUAAAUAAUGUUCAUAGUUUAGUUAGAGAUACUUCGUAGCUAUUGUUAUACAUUUUUAUUAUUAACAAAUUUUAUUUUUACUCAUUAUAAAAUAGUUUAAGGUUAUAAGUUAGUAAAAUUUUAUCACUAUGAGCUUGAUUGUUGAUUUUGAUUUAAUUCUUGAUUAAUAAAUGUUUUAGAGAAAAAUUUUGUUAUGAAAUCAUUUUAUUAGUAUUAAAAUUUGAUUUUAUA